AAUCGGAAUUGUUGUGGCAUGGAAUUGCCGCUCAGCCCGUCUAGUCCCAGCUGCUGUCCCACCAGGGCAACCCCCUGUCCCUGACCUGAUGCUGGCGGCGGCACAUCGCUGCUUAUCCUUCUCCAGCCCUGGUGGACUGGCUGCAGUGUCUCUGGCAGCGGCUUUCAUAUCUCAUCGGGUGUGUCUCAGUUUUGAACGUUGGAAAACCGCGGUCCUGAUCCCCCCUAAAAAUAAGUUCACGAAUUCAUGUGAUAGGAGCAGAAUUAGGCCGUUCGGCCCAUCAUGUCUCCACCAUUCAGCCAUGGCUGAUCUAUCUUUCCCGCUCAACCCCAUUCUCCUGUCUUCUCUCCAUAAACCCCGACACCCGCACUAAUCAACAAUCUGUGUUAUUGGCAACAUCCGCCGCGGUUUGUGGUGAAGACACGGGAGGGUGGAGAUAGUAGGAAGCUGCUCCCCCCCAAACAGUGUGUGAAUCUGGGGGUGGGAGAGGGGAGCGGGUCCAUGCAGAAGUGAAAGGAUGCAGGAAGGAACUGCAGAUGCUGGUUUACACCGAAGACAGACACAAAAUGCUGGAGUAACUCAGCGGGACGGGCAGCAUCUCUGGAGAGAAGGAAUGGGCGACAUUUCUGGUCGAGUCUGAAGAAGGAUCUCGACUCUUCUUAGCUCCAGAUACCAAUUCCUUCUCUCCAGAGAUGCAGCCUGUCCCGCUGAGUUCCUCCAGCAUUCUGUGUCUAUCGUGAGUACAGACAGGAUGUGGUGGGCCGAAGGGCCUGUCUCCGUGCUCUGUGGUUAAAAUGAAAUGCUUCCCCUCCAAGCCCUGUUGUACGUUUUAUUGUGCUGGUGAAUUCCGGGUCCCUUGCUGCGCCAAGGAGAAGAUUCCCCGCGCCGUGUCCAGGAACCACAUCCGAGGGGGCAUUCGCUUCUUCACGCCCGCACAUUCCGGAUCGCAAUUGCCUGCUGUGCCUUGGAUCCACUUGCUGCAUUCAGUCAGGGAUUACUGAGAAAAUAACUGCUGGAAUCACAGGGAACCCUAAUCCUAAAGGCAGUGGUGAUAAAUGCAAUGGAACGCAUCCAGCAAGGCUUCCAGAAACGCACAGUGGCCAAGUCACGGAGUCGGAGGGUUACCUGUGAAGAUGUGAAGAGAUUUGGCAAGAACAACUUGUUUGUGCUGUUCACUGUGGUGGCGGUGUUGGCUGGGGUUGUACUGGGCUUCUGUCUCAGGAAAUACCACAUGAGCUAUCGCCAGGUGAAGUACUUCUCGUUCCCGGGAGAACUGCUGAUGCGCAUGUUACAGAUGAUGGUGAUGCCACUCAUCAUCUCCAGCUUGGUGACAGGAAUGGCUGCUCUGGACAGCAAGGCGUCUGGGAAGAUGGGACUGCGGGCAGUGGUGUACUACACCACCACUACAGUGCUGGCCGUCAUCACCGGCAUCAUCAUGGUGCUAAUCAUCCACCCCGGGGCAGGAGGCAAGGACAGCAUGCACCGCGAGGGCAAGAUCGAAAAAGUCCACUCCACUGAUGCCUUCAUGGAUCUGGUCAGGAACAUGUUUCCUCCGAAUUUGGUCGAAGCUUGCUUUAAACAGUUCAAAACAGGAUACGACAAAAGGAAGGUGAGCCGAGCGGCACUGGGGAAUGUGAGCCAUGGCCCAGCCCUGUUCAUCACCAAUGUGACACAGGCCAUGAAGCUGCUGCUGGAGGCCAGAGACGAACUGGUCCCUGUCCCUGGCUCCGUCAAUUCUGUCAAUGCCCUGGGCCUUGUGGUGUUCUCCGUGGGCUUCGGCCUGGUCAUCGGAGCCAUGAAGGAGGAGGGGAGAGCUGUCGCUGAAUUCUUCAACUCUCUCAACGAAGCCAUUAUGCGCCUGGUGUCCGUGAUCACAUGGUACGCUCCGGUGGGCAUCCUGUUCCUGAUUGCGGGUAAGAUUGUGGAGAUGGAGGACAUGAGUGUGGUGGGUGGGCAGCUGGGCAUGUACACCAUCACAGUGAUUGUGGGGCUGAUGAUCCAUGCGCUCGUCGUGCUGCCCACCCUCUACUUUAUCAUCACUCGCAAGAACCCCUUCGUAUUCAUCGGCGGCAUGGUGCAAGCCCUGGUCACGGCUCUUGGCACCUCGUCCAGUUCGGCCACACUGCCUAUCACGUUUCGGUGCCUGGAGGACAAGAUAGGCCUGGAUAAACGAGUUACCAGGUUUGUGCUGCCGGUGGGAGCCACGAUUAACAUGGACGGCACUGCGCUCUAUGAGGCUCUUGCUGCCAUAUUCAUCGCACAGGUGAACAACUUCGACCUCAACUUUGGCCAAAUCCUCACCAUCAGCAUCACGGCGACCGCUGCCAGUAUCGGUGCCGCUGGAAUCCCCCAGGCAGGCCUGGUUACCAUGGUGAUCGUCCUGACAUCAGUGGGACUUCCUACCGACGACAUCAGUCUCAUCAUUGCAGUGGAUUGGUUCCUGGAUAGACUGCGGACUACCACCAAUGUGCUGGGAGACUCCCUGGGUGCCGGCAUCGUUGAGCACCUCUCACGCCAUGAGCUCCAGGAGAUGGACCUCCACGCCAACGAGCAGAUGAAGAAACCUUACAAACUGAUGAACCAGGAUCACGAAAACGAGAGGGUCCUCGGCAGCGAGACCACCAUGUAAAGGCUUGAGGAGCAAGACUAGAGACAAGAGCAGUUUGAUCACUGCUUGUGACAUGGACAGUGUGACCACAGUAGAGACAUGGACACUGACCACAGUAGAGAGAAGGAUACUGAUCAUAGAGACAUGGACAGUAUGACCACAGUAGAGACAUAGAAACAUAGAAAAUAGGUGCAGGAGGCCAUUCGGCCCUUCGAGCCAGUACCGCCAUUCAUUGUGAUCAUGGCUGAUCGUCCCCUAUCAAUAACCCGUGCCUGCCUUCUCCCCAUAUCCCUUGAUUCCACUAUCCCCUACAGCUCUAUCUAGCUCUCUCUUAAAUCCAUCCAGUGACUUGGCCUCCACUGCCCUCUGUGGCAGGGAAUUCCAUAAAUUCACAACUCUCUGGGUGAAAACGUUUUUUUCUCAACUCAGUCUUAAAUGACCCCUUUAUUCUAAGACCGUGGUCCCUGGUUCUGGACUCGCCCAACAUUGGGAACAUUUUUCCUGCAUCUAGCUUGUCCAGUUCUUUUAUAAUUUGACAUGUUUCUAUAAGAAUCCCCCUCAUCCUUCUAAACUCCAGUGAAUACAAGCCUAGUCUUUUCAAUCUUUCCUCAUAUGACAGUCCCGCCAUCCCAGGGAUCAAUCUCGUGAACCUACACUGCACUGCCUCAAUCACAAGGAUGUCCUUCCUCAAAUUAGGAGACCAAAACUGUACACAAUACUCCAGAUGUGGUCUCACCAGAGCCCUAUACAACUGCAGAAGAACCUCUUUACUCCUAUACUGAAAUCCUCUAGUUAUGAAGGCCAACAUUCCAUUAGCUUUCUUCACUGCCUGCUGUACCUGCACACCAACUUUCAGUGACCAGUGUACAAGGACACCCAGGUCUCGCUGUACCUCCCCCUUACCUAACCUAACCCCAUUGAGAUAAUAAUCUGCCCCCUUGUUUUUGCUGCCAAAGUGGAUAACCUCACAUUUAUCUAUAUUAUACUGCAUCUGUCAUGCAUCUGCCCACUCACUCAACCUGUCCAGGUCACCCUGCAACCUCCUAAUAUCCUCUUCACAGUUCACACUGCCACCCAGCUUUGUGUCAUCCACAAACUUGCUAGUGUUGCUCCUAAUUCCCUCUUCCAAAUCAUUAAUAUAUAUGGUAAACAGUUGCGGCCCCAACACCAAGUCUUGCGGCACUCCACUCGCCACUGCCUGCCAUUCUGAAAAGGACCCGUUCACUCCUACUCUUUGCUUCUGGUCUGCCUACCAAUUUUCUAUCCAUGUCAACACCCUACCCCCAAUACCAUGUGCUCUAAUUUUAGUCACCAGUUUCCCAUGCAGGACCUUAUCAAAGUCUUUCUGAAAGUCUAGAUACACUACAUCCACUGGCACCCCUUCAUCCAUUUUAUUUGUCACAUCCUAAAAAAAUUCCAGGAGAUUAGUCAAGUAUGAUUUCCCUUUCAUAAAUCCAUGCUAACCUGGACUAAUCCUUUUACUGCUAUCCAAAUGCCCCAUUAUUACCUCUUUAAUAAUUGACUGCAGCAUCUUUCCCACCACCAAAGUCAGGCUAACUGGUCUGUAAUUUCCCGUUUUCUCUCUCUCGCUCCUUUCUUGAAAAGUGGGAUAACAUUAGCGAGCCUCCAAUCCACAGGAACUGAUCCUGAAUCUAUUGAACAUUGGAAAAUGAUCACCAAUGCAUCCACUAUUUCUAGAGCCACCUCCCUGAGGACCCUGGGAUGCAGACCAUCAGGCCCAGGGGAUUUAUCAUCCUUCAGUCCCAUUAGCCUACCCAAUACUGUUUCUCGCCUAAUGAAAAUUUCUUUCAGUUCCUCUACCCCCUUAGAUCCGCUGUCCUCCAGUACAUCUGGGAGAUUGUUUGUGUCUUCAUUAGAGAAUACAGAUCCGAAGUACCUAUUCAACUCUUCUGCCAUUUCCUUGUUGUCCAUAAUAAUUUCACCCGUGUCUGUCUUCAAGGGACCCACAUUUGACCUUGCUAUUCUUUUUUCCUUAACAUAUCUAAAGAAGCUUUUACUGUCCUUCUUUAUAUUCCUGGCCAGCUUCCCCUCGUACUUCAUUCUUUUCAGCCCGUAUUGUUUCCUUCUGUUGUCCUAUAAAAGUUUCCCAAUCUUCUGGCUUCCGGCUACUCUUUGCUGUGUUAUACAUCUUUUCUUUUAGUUUUAUUCUAUCCCUAACUUCUCUUGUCAGAUCGGUUACCUCCUACUCCCCUUAGAAUCUUUCUUCCUUUUUGGAAUGAAAUGAUCCUGCAUCUUCCGGAUUAUAUCCAGGCCAUGGACAUUAUGACCACAGUAGAUACAUGGACACUGACCACAGUAGAUUCAUGGACACUGACCACAAUAGAUACAAGGACAUGGAUCACAGUAGAU